GUUGUCUAGCUCUGAGGGGAGCUUUUUUUUGCCGCAAAGUCUACUGUCCACCCCACAUUUUCCGUCGAGCUUUCUUAUCUCCUUGUUCAUAUCGAUAUUCAAUUUCAUAAAUAGCGCUUUUCUGGAUUUGAGAUUGGGGAUAUAGAAAUCUAUCUUUGAUUGGGCACGACUAGUAGUGCGUCUGGGCCUAUAUCCCAACAUCUCCUUUCCACAUCUUCCCCGCAUCAAGUGCACGAACAGACGCCUAACUCUGAUAUAGAACUUUGACCAUCUUCAUUUAUACCUUUCCCCAAGCCCCCAAACGGUGGAGAUUAUCCAACAUGUCCUUCCAAUCAACCCCGGCAGACGUCUCCGUGAUAAUCUCGACCGCAUCUGCUGCCACCACAGCAGACACACCUUCACUCGCAACAGAGCGUCGCGUCACCCCAUCAUGGACGAUAACUCAGCUAAAAGGUAAACUUGAGACGAUGACUGGUGUGCCACCUGGAAGUCAGAAAUUACUCUUCAAAGCACCUGGAAAGCCGGAUCAGUGGAUUCAAGGUGAGGAGAGGCUGAUUGGGGAAUGUGGAUUGGUUAGGGGUUGUGAGAUUGAGGUCCACGAUACUCGCCCGCCAACCGCGCGGCUUAAUUUCACAGAUAUCUCGUCGGUGGAAAAAUACGAACUGCCCACGGAGACAUACGAGUCGUUAUCAAACUCCGUUCUCGCGUGGAAAAAGAAUCAGAAACUAGGUCGUUUCAAUCCCAAUGCACAAGCCCCGGAAGAAUUAUUAAACGAGCAAGCUGUCAAAGAUGCCGCUGAGGUUGAGAAACGAGGUAUAAAUCUACAAGCUCGAGCAAUCAUCCUUCCUUCUUCCCCUCCACACAUCCGCCGCGGCACAAUCCGCUAUGUCGGCCCGGUCCCCGAAAUCCCCUUCGCAGCCCUCAAGGGCCAACCCAUCGAUGAGAGCUACGCGGCGACCAACCCAUUACCGCUAUGGGUGGGCAUCGAGCUCGACGAGCCCAUAGGCAAAAAUGACGGAAGUGUAGCGGGGAAGAGGUACUUUGUGUGCGGUGCGAAUACCGGCGUCUUUGUCAAGCCCGAGAAAAUCCAGGUCGGGGAUUUUCCGCCUUUGGGGCUGGAUUUGGAGGAUGAUAUGGAGGAGAUAUGAAUUACGGGACUAGAGGUAUUACAGUUAAUUAAAUGCCUGAGACGAAACUUUCAUAUGCUUGUGGCUGUGUCAUGAUUACAGUUCUAUACCAAGAGUAUUGGAAAAUAAUAAU